AUGGAGGCGUCGCUGACCGCGGCCGCCGCCGCUACCUCGUCGUUUCCGCCGCAAAUCCGUCGCCGAAUCAUCAAAUUCAACCCGCUCGUGCUCCCUAGGCGACCCCAAUUCGGGGACUCCAAGAUCCGGACCGCCAACUUCCGGGGACACCUGGCUGCGGCCUCGGCAUCCACGCCGCCGCCGCCGGGAGGCGGCCUGUACUCGGCGGCGACGUACGAACUGACGCCGGAUAACGUCGACCGCGUCCUCGACGACGUGCGCCCCUACCUCAUCUCCGACGGCGGCGACGUCGCCGUCGUGUCCGUAGAGGACGGCGUCGUCUCCCUUAGGCUUGAAGGGGCGUGCAGCAGUUGUCCCAGCUCGACGACGACGAUGAACAUGGGCAUCGAGCGAGUGCUCAAGGAGAAGUUCGGUGACGCCAUCAAGGACAUCCGCCAGGUGUUCGACGGGGACCAGCAGCCGGAGGAGACGACGCCUGAGGCGGUGAACCGGCACCUGGACAUACUGCGGCCGGCGAUCGCGAACUACGGCGGGAGUGUUGAGGUGCUUGCCGUUGACGGCGAGGACUGCCUGGUUAAGUAUGACGGCCCAGAGUCCAUCGGGAGUGGAGUGAAGGCAGCCAUCAAGGAGAAGUUCCCCGACAUCACGAACGUGGUGUUCACCCAGUGAUCUACAGGUAGCCUGGCCGGCUUGAUGCCAUCCCAGUGCAGUAAGUGGCGACAUGUACGAAAUGCAGCGAGAUUCUGUAUCGUCUAGACAAGAGUUUCGAUGUUUCGUUUGGGUAGAAAAAGUUGCAGCACACACAAACACUACGAUGGGAAAUGAAAUGGAAUAAUUUUUGCCUUUUGGAUAUGCGAGAUGAGAAUAUAUCUGUUUUACUGAA